AUGAGAGAUGAAGGGUUUGAACUUGAUGUCAUGACAUAUGGUAUAAUUAUCAAUGCACAUUGUAAGGCAAGGAAAUAUGAUGAAGCACUUGAGUUAUUCCGUCAAAUGGAAGCAAAGAAUUGUAAGCCAACUCCACAACCUAUUAAAACUGUUCUCAUUAGAUCACUCACUAGUGAUUCUCUCAGCACACUCAAAGAUCAAACUUUCCUCCAAAAUUCAAAACCUCACAUUGAAACUCAACAUGGGUCUUUACCAAAAUAUUGUCUUGGUUUUUACAGACUGUUAUAUGAUGGUGUAGGCCAAGUGUUUGAUGUAAUAAAUGACAAGUAUAAUGCUUUGAUUGAGGCUUUGGGUAAGAUCAAACAGUUCAAGGUCGUUUGGAAUUUAGUUAGUGAUACGAAGCAUAAAGGGUUGUUGAGUAAAGAGACGUUUGCAUUGAUUUCACAGAAAUAUGCUAGAGCAAGGAAGGUUAAAGAGGCUGCAGAUGCCUUUGAAAAGAUAGAGAAGUUUGGAAUGAAGUUGGAAGUAUCGGAUUAUAAUAGAUUGAUUGAUACUUUGAGCAAAUCAAGAAAUGUGGAGAAAGCACAAGAGAUGUUUGAUACAGUGAAGAAGAGAAGGUUUGUACCAGAUAUUAAGUCAUACAUAAUUUUGUAG